AUGCUUCGGACCUCUUUGCGGUCUGUGUCAGGCCCUCUAAGCCGACAUGUUUGUCUCUCCUGUCUACCGCGCCCUGGCGCGCCCAGUUUGCGCCAGUUUCACCACAUAUCUGCACUCCGUACCAAUAUAGGCGAAAUCAAGCCAGAAACCAACUCAUUAGACGCGUCGACCGAGCCUUCAGUGCCACUGCCGCCCAAUGGCCAAAUUCCAGAGACAAAAGACGCUGCCUCGUCCGAACCCCAGAAGCCCCAGCCGCUACAAGCUAAACCGAUACAGCUUACUGCUUCCGAGUGGGCUGAGAUGAAUGUCAAACAAAAAAGGAGAUACAAAUUCCGGCAUAAAUCGGACUUCGAGAAGUUUAGGAAUUCAAUGUUAGCCAACAGAGACAUUACACUUCCCGAAGCAGUAAAGUUGGAAAUGGAGCGGGUCGAAGCAGCACAGUCAGGGGCAGCACCAUCAGAUGCGGCACCGUCAGAGCCACCAUCAAAUGCAGCCUCGUCAGAAGCAGCCCGGGUGGAAGCAGAAAAAAUCAAGGCCUUUCAACAAAAGGUGACAGCAACGGAUGUUGAAGCCAGACAGGAAAGAAGGGUCAAACAUAAGGAGGGGAAAAAGCUGGCCAAUGCCAAAAUUGGGACUCAAAUGAAGGAAAAGGAGAAAGAAAGUGAACCAGAAGCCGAGGUUCCAACAGACGGCCCAUCAGAUACGCCAGCAUUCAGUGAGCCCAAGAAAAGCAUGCUCAACUUGCAGUCCACUAGCAAUGUAGUGGAUCAAAUAUUGGAAGCCAGCUCCAAGAACGGCGAGGAGAAGGAGGAGAAGAAGAAGAAGAAGAGCGGGGAGGAUAUUGAAGACCACAUUACGUCGGAUGACCGUGGGUCUCUUUCCUCAAUGGACCGCAAGCUGCACUUAAAAGCGGUGCCGGUCCCCAUGCCUCCUGUCCCGCGCGUCGCCUUUGGUCUAGACCGAGUGCUUUUCAAUCCUGGUGUCUACCAGCUACGUGACCCUCGGACUCUUGUCUACAAUUUCGACCCCUACCUGGAUCAGAUCAUGCCCGUGACGGAAUUUGACUUUGAUACCUUGAAGCCGUACAUCACCUCCUCUCAAGAUGUGACAGCUUGCGAAAUGACCAAGAAACAUGGGAAGAAGUACUACGGCUCAUCGUCGAGCAUGACUUCAGUUCUCGCUCAUUUCCAUUAUCUUCUGUCCGCGUGGCGGCCUGUCGACACCAGCAAAAUUAGUCGGGGUUUCGACGACCCUACGCAGACCUUCACCCGUCUUCUUCGAGCGCCAGCUGCUAUGUUCCUCCGUUACAAGGAGGAUGAGGAUGUUUACGCCAUUGAUGCGGACAAGGAAUACGACUAUGCCAAUAUUCUUAUGAACCUGGGCAAGUCGAUGGAGAAGCAACUCACGCUGCCAAAAGAUCAGUUUGAGCGCUAUCGCCGCAGUGAUCCAAACAAGAUCACUGCCGAGGAAGAAGCAGCCGUCCCGGAGUCAUACCACUACAGCACCGCGGGCAAAUUUCUCAUGCGAUCGCAACUCGAUGCCUACGAUCCCAGACUGCCAGGUACUGGCAUGUUCGACUUGAAAACGCGCGCGGCGGUUUCGAUCCGCAUGGAAUCCACGGAUCACAAGCGCGGGAUGGGCUAUGAGAUCAGACGCCGCUUUGGCAAGUGGGAGUCUUUCGAACGCGAGUACUUUGACAUGAUCCGCGCCGCCUUCCUUAAAUAUUCCCUGCAGGUGCGCAUUGGCCGCAUGGACGGUAUCUUCGUCGCGUAUCACAACAUCGACCGCAUCUUCGGUUUCCAAUACAUCCCACUCUCCGAGAUGGAUCAGGCUUUGCACUCCUCGCCCACCACCACGCUCGGAAACAAAGAAUUCGAACUGAGUCUCGGCCUGUGGGAGAAGAUCAUGGACAAGGCAACGCAGAGGUUCCCCAAGCAGUCUCUGCGUUUCCACUUUGAGACCCGAGGUGAAAGUAAGGAAGAUAUCUGGAUGAACAUCGUCGCGCAGCCCGUCACGAGCGAUGAAAUCGACGCCAUCCAGACAAAGAACAAAGCCCAUAUCGAUGCCAUCCAGGACCGCCUCCUCAACCCGGAUCAAUUCGUCGACACCGACUACGAAAAGGCAGCCGUAGGGGAAGAAGAAUCCCUCUAUGCGGACGAGGAAUCUUCGGAAACUGACUCCCUCGAUCCAGAGGAGGAGUCAGCCGAGUUCCUCCGUUCGGAGGAGGAAUCAACCGAAACCGACCCCUUCUAUCCCGCGGAAAAGCCAACCGAAACCGAACCCUUCAAUGGAAAGGAGGAUCCCUCCGCCCCGUCCCUGGCGGACGUCCUCUUCCCCAAAGAGGAAGGCGAGGAGGAAUGCGAAGAAACGUACGACACCUCCUUCGAGCUCCCUGACCUCGAACCAAUCACGCCGGCCAAAACCAACAAAACCAAGACCGUGCCCAAGCGUGAUGUCAGCAACUUGGGCAAAUUCGACGAGAACCUGCUCGGAAUGAAGGUUGUCGUGGAUAGCAAAAUAAAUGGAGAGUCAGUGCGUCGGCCGGGGUGGAUGACAGAUACCGACGAUUGGUCGAUUGACUACGAGCUCACCGAGCUUGAUGUGAAGGAGAGUAACGAACUUCUGCGGGGGUGCAAGAGGCGUCGCAAUAACGCGUUGAGAAAGAACGUAACAGAUCAUGAUCACUUUUUCUUCUCGACUUUGAAGAAGGUGACUGACAGAGGACGUCGUUACCGGAAGCGUUUGGAAGAGAAGGAUCGUGAACGUGGGAUUCUUGUUUACCAGGAUUCUUAUAAGAUGUGA